AUGGAGGUUGAAAAGAUUACAGAGUUUGACAAGGUUAAAAAUAUUAAAGAUAACUCGAUCGCUUUUAGAGUUAGAACAUUUAAAGAAAAUAUCACAGCGCAUCGUAAACAAUUAGUAAUUGAUGUUUUACACCCCAACAAAUCUCGUUUAUCAAAUAGUGAAAUUCAAAACCAAAUUUGUAAAAUGUUUGGAGUCGACAAAGAUGUUGUCUUUGUAUUUGCUAUGAGAACUACAUAUGAUGGAAAUCGUUCUAAUGGGUUUGCAUUAAUAUAUAACAAUGCUGAAUUUGCUAAACAAUACGAGCCUCGACACAGGCUUAGAAAAAAAGUUUAUCUGUUGAACAAGAUGCUCAAGGAAGUGUAUCUAAAAAAGAAAAAACAAGCUGAAAUUGUUAAUUUGGAUGAAGAUGACGAAGAUGACAACAACCCAUGA